AGCCUCCUCUGGACCCGUUCCAUCAGCUCCGUAUCCUUAUGCUGAGGAUUCGAAGCGCUUUGGCGGGACGGCUCGGGCUCCCUUGCAGGGCUGGGGGAGCCCAGGGGUCCCUCGCCCCGGCGGGGGGCAGCGGAUGAUCCCCGAGCUGCCGCCGCCCCGGCUGCCCUUUUGCCGCCGAGCUCCGGGGGUCGCCGCUCCGCGGGCCGCGUCCCCGCCGGGGGCAGGAGCCGCCGGGGAAGGGGAAGGGGGCGCGGCGAGGAGGCGGCCGGGGAGGAGCGGCGGUGGCCGCGGAGCCUCUCCCUGCUGCCGCCGCUCUGGCUGCGCGCCCGAGCCAAUUUUCUAGACAACAUGCCCUUGCGAAUUUCUGGCAAGUUGAGCAUGGAGACCAGAAAAGAAGAUGGUGAGAGCACGGCACCUGCCCCUCCGCAGAAGAAGCUGUCCUGCCAGUGCCACCACCACUGUCCUGAGGACUCGGUCAACAGCACCUGCAGCAUCUGUGCGAUUCAUAAAAGACUUUCAGUAAAGAAGCUCAAAGCUACUUCAAAAACAACUAGGACCUUGUUUUACUGUUCCAUUUCAAGUUUUGUGUGUACAAACACUGAUGGCUACUGCUUCACCAUUAUAGAAGAAGAUGAGUCUGGUGGGCAUUUGGUCACCAAGGGAUGCCUUGGAUUAGAGGGCUCAGACUUCCAGUGUCGGGACACUCCUAUUCCACACCAAAGAAGAUCUAUUGAAUGUUGCACAGGUCAAGAUUACUGUAACAAACACCUCCACCCUACCCUGCCACCACUGAAAAAUCGAGACUUUGCCGAAGGAAACAUACACCAUAAGGCCCUGCUGAUCUCGGUGACUGUUUGCAGUAUACUUCUGGUGCUUAUCAUCAUUUUCUGCUACUUCAGAUACAAACGCCAAGAGACAAGGCCCCGCUACAGCAUCGGGCUGGAGCAAGAUGAGACCUACAUUCCCCCUGGAGAGUCCCUGAAGGAUUUGAUCGAGCAGUCCCAGAGCUCAGGGAGCGGCUCCGGGCUCCCUCUCCUGGUUCAAAGGACCAUCGCAAAACAGAUUCAGAUGGUAAAGCAGAUUGGAAAAGGUCGCUAUGGAGAAGUCUGGAUGGGAAAGUGGCGUGGCGAAAAGGUAGCUGUGAAAGUGUUUUUUACCACAGAGGAGGCCAGCUGGUUCAGAGAAACAGAAAUCUACCAGACUGUGCUGAUGAGGCAUGAAAAUAUUCUCGGUUUCAUUGCUGCAGACAUUAAAGGUACAGGAUCUUGGACCCAGCUGUAUCUCAUCACGGAUUACCAUGAAAAUGGCUCACUUUAUGAUUAUCUGAAAUCUACUACCUUGGAUACAAAAGCCAUGCUAAAACUGGCUUAUUCCUCUGUCAGUGGCUUGUGCCACCUGCACACUGAGAUCUUCAGUACUCAGGGCAAACCUGCUAUUGCCCACCGUGACCUAAAAAGUAAAAAUAUCCUGGUGAAAAAGAAUGGCACCUGCUGUAUAGCAGAUUUGGGCUUGGCUGUUAAAUUUAUCAGUGAUACAAACGAGGUAGACAUACCUUCAAAUACCCGUGUAGGAACAAAACGCUAUAUGCCUCCUGAGGUGCUGGAUGAAAGCUUGAACAGAAAUCACUUUCAAUCCUACAUCAUGGCUGAUAUGUACAGUUUUGGACUCAUCCUUUGGGAGAUAGCAAGAAGAUGUGUUUCAGGAGGAAUAGUUGAGGAGUACCAGCUUCCAUACCAUGACCUUGUGCCGAGCGACCCUUCAUAUGAGGAUAUGCGGGAGAGUGUGUGCAUCAAGAGGCUACGCCCUUCGUUUCCCAACAGAUGGAGCAGUGAUGAGUGCCUACGGCAAAUGGGGAAGCUGAUGAUGGAGUGCUGGGCUCACAACCCCGCCUCCCGGCUCACAGCCCUGCGGGUCAAGAAAACACUUGCCAAAAUGUCAGAGUCGCAGGACAUUAAACUUUGACUCAGCCAGAGGCAGUUCUCAUGAAGGCCCAUGGAAAGAGACUUUCUUGUGCAGGCAGAAGCCCAGAAGAGGUAUCAAAAGUCUUCAUUAAUAAGUACCUUGAACGCAGCCAUGCUGAAGAACAGCUGUAAAUUUGUUUGCCAGCUUUAAGACACUAUCCUUGGCAAAAAUCAGCUGAAUUUUGACAUACAAGAUUGGAAGAGGCUUGUCUGCCCUUGUUUACACAGGGAAAUACAGUUUUAGUAACUGGUUUAAGAUUAUGCAUGUUGCUUUCUGUGAAAGCCACAUAUUAUUUUAUUAUUAUUAUUGUUAUUAUUAUUAUUUUGAUUGUUUAAAAAGAAACUGCUUUAAAUUUUAUGAAAAUAAAAGUUUUGGUUAGAAGUAAAAAAGAUGUAUAUUGUUACAUUAAAAAGCAAAAUUGGAGGAAACUGUGCUGAAAAUGAAAGCAAAGUGACUUUUUUCACUUAUAAAGAGUUUAUUGCACUCCACUAUUCAAGAAAAAGGGAGAGUGAGUCAGUGCAGCUCUGAGGAGCUGUAAUGGAAACCGUCUUAAAAGCUGCUUACCGUGGAGGUGACUUCCCCCUAGCCCUGCUUAUGAGAGUGAUUCUGAUAGUAUGGAGAUGGAGCAUGAUUACAUCCCUGCCAUGGUUAGCGUGGGCAUUCAGGUUUUUGUGGGUGGCCUGUCCCAGGAGAGGUCGAGCUUCAUUAGGAUAAUCGGGAGCUUUAUAAAACAUGGUUCAGUGUGACAUGUUUGAAGAAGCUCUUCAUGUUUCCAUAAAUCUGGUGGGUAUAAAACCAGGAUGAUAAACAAGUGCCCCUUUUCUUGGCUUUUUGUCUGUCUCUCUAGCCCCUCACUGCAAAAUAAAGUAAUUUGUGUGUGACUGGAAAUGAAAUACACAUUCGGAUCCGCUGGUGAAUUUGAAACUGCUGUGACCUACAUACACAACCACUGAGUAAGAGGAAGUUCCUUGUGAGAAAUAAUUAUUAACUUACUCUUUCAUCUGUGUAAAAGUGAGGUAUCCAUCUACAACCACAGCUGGGGAAAAAAAUAUAAACCUGUGUUCCCUUUUUUAAGGGAAAGUGAACAAUCUCAGAAAUUCCCAUUUUUUGGGUGGCAGUCAUUUUUCUUUAAGCAUAAGGAGACCUGGUGCCUCCUGUCUACAGUAGGAAGCUGACAGGGAAGGAGUGUGGACUUGGGUGGGCAGUGUGAGCUGGGCACGGCAGCCAACAGCAGGCAAGUGCCUCCAGCUCUUCUCCUGCAGUGAAAAGCACCAUAACCCGAACAAUUCUGCUCAAGCUUCAUAUGCCUUACUCUUUUGGGCGGUUUUCCAGCAGCCUCCAUGCCUCUAGAAGCCACCACAUCAUAGUGACAGGCUCUGGCACCAGGCUGGGGCUGUGGAGCAUCAUGAUUCCCAGCAAGAGGAGCUCUUACGGGAGAAAAGCAACAGGAAAAGUAUUUAUUGUCUUUCCAUUCCUCCUUUCUGGGGCUGCAGCAGUCACGCUGAUGUUAAUUCUACAGAAGGAGAAAUUGGAGGUGAAAUAUUCCCUGUGAAGUAUUUUCUUUGGCGAGAUCUCUGUUCUUCAUCGCAUUAUCAAAGCUGAGCUGUAUGGGAGUCACCAGUUUACCAUUCUUUACUCUUCUUUUAUUUUUUAAUUUUUUUUGCUUGACUGUGUCAUGUUUCACUAGUGUUCAGUUUAGUUUUGAAGUAAGAGCCUUACAAAUGCUCCUUUGAUUAUGCUAAGCUUGUUUCAGAACUGAAAUAAUUGCCAUGCUCGAUUUAGUCUCAGCAUUUCUGUAAUGCUUCUUUUAUCCCAUUUUGGACAAAACUGAUGUAUUUGUGGUAGGCAGGUGUAUAAUGGGGGUUUAGCUUCAAUGCUCCCCAGAGGUAUUUCUAGUUGGAAAAAUUGCUAUUUUAUUCUUUCAGGCUAACAGAAAAAUGUGCGGGUUCAAGAGAACCAGCAAGACCUCUGUGAUUAUAGGUGUCAAAAGGUUUAAUCAGGAUUUUUGUUAAUUAGAGUGCUUUUCCUGUACUUAGAAAUACCGAAGAAUACAAAAAGAAAAUCUCUGAGAGUUAAUAGUACACCAAAGCCUGGCCCCAAGAGAGGCAAUGCUGUUUUCCCCUGUCCUUAAUAAACAGCGUGCUUGCGUGGCUCGGAGUGGAGUUUGUUCCUCUCCUUGGCUGCCUUGGUUUGAAGAUUUGUAGCACAAAAUGAGCAGGACAGUCCAGCCUCUCUUCAUCUUUUGUUUUAGCGAAUGGAGCCAUGGGGUCACUGCUGUCACUCCAUUCGCUUUCAUGUCCUUUCAUAAAAGUGAGCACAGCCCUGAGGAAUUGGGGUUUCUCAGCUACAACGAAGCGGAUGACACCCUUGACGGUGGCAGCGCUUGGGGCAGGCUCAGUUGAUCCCACCUCUGAGCCCAGUCUCUGCAGGUCCUGGGGAAGCGGUCACGCAGCAGGGAUGCUUCUUUCCUGCCAUGUUUAGGUAUGUUUCAUGUCUACUUUUCUCAAGUAGUUCAUUGGGUUUUAUUUGGUUUUUUUUUUUUUUAAUCAUCAUGACUCUCUAUAAAUGUUUUGGAGGGUGGUUUGCUGGCUGGUGGAUGCAAUGCCCGUGAUGCCUCCAGCACUUGUCAUCAGUGCGUUGCAAGAGAAAGGGCCAGUCACUGUUUUUUCUGAACAAGUCUUACUUUUUUGAUUCAUAAGAAAGGGUUCUAAAAUACUGGUUGAUAGGUUAUGUAAAGUGUUUUCGUUCAAUGUUCAAGUAUAUGUUGGCUUUUCAUAUAUAUAUAUAAAAAUAAAUAUAUAUAUAUUCAAUUGGGAGUCUGGAAUAACUCCUGUAUGUGGAUUAAGAGUAAACUAUUAGAGAUGAUAAAGCACUAAAUGAAACAUAAUAUUUAUUUAUGAAAAGGCAUAAAUGACAAAUCACUGCAACGGUGCUAUAUAGGAAAAUAAAUAUAUAUAUAUAUGAGGAGACACACUCUGAGUAAGCAAAGGAUCUGCAGUUGUUUUAACAAGUGCCUCCCCAUUUUCUCCCAAAAGGCCAGAUUUUGCCCUCAAAUCUCCUACCUACUAUAAUUGAUGUUUAUUGUAAAGGGAUAUUCCUAAGGCCAGAAAACAGCCUAAGGCAAGUGUGGAAGUUGUUUGUUGAGCUGCUGUGACAUUCCAGUUACUGCCUGCCUGGUUGAUUUUCUGCAACACUCAAGAUGUAAUUAUUAUGGUUUUAACAUGUACAGUGACUACAAGUUAGUAUGUUUAUUUUGCCAGGCAUGGCCUUUUAAUGUCAUUUCCAGAUUUUGGCAGUUUAACAGUGCCAUGAGGGCUUGGAAGUCAGUGUUAAAGAUAAUUGUAGCUUCAGAGCCCACAGGUCUGGAAAUCCAGUUUCCAAAUGUAAAUCACUGAAGGAAAUUUGGAUUAGUGACUUAUUGGCAUAGAUAAGAUGGCAUAGGUAAGUGGGAGAAUAAGAAAAAACAAAACCAAAAGGAAAAGAUGCCAUCUAGCAACUGCUAUCCUUUCUCUAGCACAAAGUUAUUUCUAGUAAAGAAACAGUUGAAAAUGUAAAGACUAAGAAAGUAAUUUGUGUUCUUUUUUGAGAACCAGUGCCUUAUUAAACAUGUAAACAUGUAAAUACUGUAAUUACAAAACCUGGGGAACAAACUGUGUUAUGUUGUAUUUGUUCAAAUUGUAUAUGGUUGUUUUAACAUUCCCCCCAAA